UGACAAUUCAAUACCAGUGUCACAAAUCCAUCCUUUCCACAGAAAGAGAUACAAUAAAAGACGUCCUUGUCUCCUUGAUUGAUUGAAUGAAUAUAUCCCAUUCAUUAAGUGCUUUGAGUUCAAAUCACUCAAAGAUCUAUCAAUCUGCUAUGUUACUACCUACUAAUGAAGUCAUUCACUUCAAUACGGGACAAUGGGUAGACUUUGUUUUGCUUCUGCUGUAAACAUCAAACUAUAUCGUCAAUACAUCGUUCCUUUCCAGUAGCAAUGGAGUCAGGCGCAGUCGAUCUUAAAUUCACAAAGGCGCUUCCGAAAAUUGAGCUACAUGCCCACCUGAGUGGAAGCAUCAGUCGAAAAACCCUCCACCAGAUAUGGAUCACCCGCAGAGAGUCGGAUCCCAGCUUCGAACUGGAAGAUCCACUGACCGCUCUGCCGCCGGAAAAGACGGAGAUGGACGUGAAAUCAUUCUUCCCUAUCUUCGAUGACUACAUCUACUCCCUUCUAAGCACACCCUCUGCCGUCACCCACGCCGUCACCUCCGUCCUCCGCGACUUCCUUGCCGAUGGAGUCCGCUACAUCGAGCUUCGCACCACUCCCCGCAAGUCGGAGACCAUGUCCGCAGAGGAGUACAUCCAGACCGUCCUGCAAGCCAUCUCCGACUGGCACUUAUCCCGGGGUUUCCAGCCGCCCGAGGACAGCGCCAAUCCGCGGAUCCGAGCCAAACUGAUCAUCAGCCUUGACCGCCGCUACGACGAAUUGCGAGUUCAAACAGUGAUAGGCUACGCGAUCAAGUACCGCUCCCAGGGCAUCGUGGGCAUCGACCUCUGCGGACAUCCGCAACACCCCAUCGACCAGGAAGUCCUCCGCCAUGCGUUCCGCCGAGCGGCCGAAGCCGGGCUGGCGGUGACGGUCCACUUCGCUGAGACGCCGGCGUCCGCGAGCAGGCCGGAGCUGGAGUUUCUGCUGAGCAAGGACGUGGGUGCCAGGCGGCUGGGCCACGUAUGCCGGGUGCCGGAAGAUCUGCGCGAGCAGAUCAUCAGCGAAGGGCGAGGUGUGGAGAUGUGUUUGUCGUGCAACGUGAUGGCGAAACUGACGGACGGGGGGUUUCCAGGCCAUCAUUUCAAGGACUGGUGGGAACGGGAUGGGGGCGGGGAGAGUUUGAAUGCGGGGCAGGCACGGGCGAAGGUGACGCUUUGCACGGACGACGUGGGGGUGUUCGGAAGUCCAUUGUCAAACGAGUUCCUCAUCGUGUCACAGCAUUUCGGGCGCAAGACUGCGAACGGGCAGUGGCACCCACUGAGUCGGGUGGACUGUUGGUCAAUCUGUCGGACUGCGUGUGGGAUGAUGUUUGGUGGAGACGGUGAACGGAAACGCAUGGAAAGUAUUCUAGAGGACUUCCGGAGUAAUAUAUUGCAUGAUACUGGGUGAGAACACCUGGGUCAGUCAUCAGAAAUAGCAUGUUAAGUCUAGCAGUUGUGAAAGAGAUAGU